AAUGCUCUUUCACCCCAUUUUGUCCUGCAUCCCAUACACCCACCUCCUUCCCUUUUCUCCCUUGCUCUCUCUCUUUGCUUCCCCCUUUCUCUCUCUCUAUUGUUUUGCUCUUUCUCCAACAUAGAGGGUAGUGACAGUGACCUCGAGCUGUCGGCGGUGAGACAUCAGCCUGAGGGUCUGGAACAGCUGCAGUCUCAGACCAAAUUCACCAAGAAGGAGCUGCAGUCACUCUACAGGGGCUUUAAAAAUGAGUGCCCAAGUGGUUUGGUCGAUGAAGAAACUUUCAAGACCAUCUACUCUCAGUUCUUUCCCCAAGGGGAUGCUACCACAUAUGCCCAUUUCCUGUUUAACGCAUUUGACCUUGACAGAAUUGGCUCAAUUCGUUUUGAGGACUUUGUGAUUGGUCUGUCAGUGUUGCUGAGAGGAACAGUCACUGAAAAACUCAACUGGGCUUUCAACCUUUAUGACAUCAACAAGGAUGGAUACAUCACUAAAGAGGAGAUGCUGCUAAUCAUGAAGUCAAUCUAUGAUAUGAUGGGCAGGUACACCUACCCCAGUGUGAGAGAUGAAGCUCCAUCUGAACAUGUGGAGAAGUUCUUCCAGAAAAUGGACAGGAAUCGAGAUGGUGUGGUCACUAUUGAGGAGUUUAUUGAGACCUGUCAGAAAGAUGAAAACAUCAUGAACUCCAUGCAGCUCUUUGAAAAUGUAAUAUAGAAUGUGAGUGGAACAAUCUCAAACUAAAAGAAACCUUUGAUGUCCCAAACCAGUUCUUUCCACAUGUCUAUAUACCAAACUAGCACAGCAGUCACUCUCUGUCCUGUCCUGUAGCACUACUCCUAUGCCUGCUGCACCCUGUAGAAUCUUAUAGACCAACUCAUAGCCUACUGUAUGGGCUCACAGUUUGUACUUCACAGCAGGACUGCUUUAAAAAGACUAGACUGAACAGCUGAAAUCCCUCCUGUUGCCAAAUACUGGCAAUCGUGUGAUGGAACUUUUGGAUUAGAAUGACCAAAUGUAUCACUGGUUGAUGUAUUCCAAUUAAGUCUUCAACAUACCUAUGGGAACCAUGACCACCCUGGUCUGCUUUCUUCUGCCUUAUGAAUGACAGAUAGGACAAGACUCAACCUUCCAGAUACCAUAGAUUUUAAAGUAAGUCCAGUAAUUAUGGAUUUCAAGGGACCCAAAUGAACCUUUUAGCACUGGCAAUUUGAAGCACAUCGGAAACUACACAAGCAGUGAAAAAACAUAAUAUUCACCAAAAACCUAAAUAAAUGUGAUGAAAAAAUACCUGAAGCAUGCCUGUCCAAAUAUGUGAGAUAUUAGUGAUUUUCUUGCAUGGAGACUGACAACGUUGUACAUAUUCUUCCUUGUAAGCCAGUAGGUCCCACUGAAGACUGUAAGCAACCUAAAGAAACUGUGUGCGUGAAGUAGCAUUGUGUACCCUUGUUUAUAAAUUAUGCUCAAUCCUGUAUUGCACAUAUCAGUGGGGCCAGGAUGAUUUGUUUGGUCACAUUUGAUUCUUGCACAGAAAUGAGGUAUAUAGAAAGUUAUAUUUAAAAUAUAUGCAUUUUAGGAAGUCUGCUUUAAAAUUUGAGUAAUUAUAGAAGUAUGUUUGAUUUAUUUUAAGGAAUGUAAUUGUCAAGGAGUGUCAAGUGGAAUGCAGGGUUUGGGCACGAACUAAAAAUAACACCCAGUUUAUUAAUAAUGUGGUUUACAAAUGUAAUCAAAGUCAUUUGGAUUUUGUUAUAUAUAGGUUAUAUUUGAAACAGACUGGUAUAAAUAUAUCAGAGUUUUUAUUUAUAUUUAGUGUGGUAAAACUUUACAGUAAGGUUCCAUUUUUUUACAUUAGUUAAUUCAUUAGGAAUCAUGAACUAACAAUGCACAAUAUAUAUUUUCACAACAUUUAUUCAUCUUUGUUAAUGCUAGUUCAUUAAAAAUGCAAUUGUUCAUUUUUAGUUCAUGUACAUUCAAACUGCAUUAAUUAAUGUUAACAUAUACACAUUUUGAUUUUAAAAAUAUAUUACUAUAUGAAGAAAUUAACAUUAACCAAUAUGAAUAAAUGCUGUAAAUGUAUUGUUCAUUGCUAGUUCAUCUUAACUAAUGUAAACAAAGGGGACCUUAGUGUAAAGUGUUACCUUUAUUGUUUUGGUUAUGCCCACAAAUUGUUUUUGAAAAGAUAAUGUUUCAUUUUGGGUUCCUAGUGUCAUGGUUAACCUGGAAAUAUCAUGACAUUUUUAAAUUGUGAUUUCCAGACCUGGAAAAGUUGUGGAAAUGAAUAACAUCUGGGAAUUUUGGAAAAGUCAUUGGACUUCCAGUAGUGAAAUAUACAUGUUUCUAGUUAUCCUCAGUUCUGAAAAAAUGCAUUGGCUAGAAAUUGUUCUUUGUGAGAGCAAUCUAUAUAAAAUGAUAUAUUUUUUAAAAUCCUUAUUAAUUCAUCAAAAAUGAUUGAAAAUCAUGGAAAUUCAUUGGUAAUAUUAUGCAGGAUCCCUGGUCUAUGCUUUCAUGAAGAAAAGUGCUGAAGCAUACAAAAUGGGUUAUUCACUUUCUCAUCCUUAAGACUAUUGUAUGAACAGGAAUGUGUGUAAUCUAUUAUGAUUUAUUUAUUAAUACUUCCACCUAUCCAAACUUAAUGAGACGUAAUUAUAAGUGAUUGAUUUCUAAAUUGAUUCCCCCAAUUAUUAAAAACACUGUGGCUCACAUUCCACAUUGCUCAAUUUGUUGGAGUGCCGACAUAGUACAUUGGCUUAAUCAAUUGCACGAGUUUAAUGGAUAUGUAAAGGGAUUAAUGGAAAGGAGGAGGCGAGAACCGGCUUGAUGAUAUAAAUAAUAGUUUUAAUAUAAAACUGAACCAAAAGACACAAACACACACAUAUGAUAGACAGCUGCCCGUAAAAGCUCUCUCUCUCUGUCACACCACCAUCCACAGUCGGCCUUUAUCCCUCUCGGAGGCUUGUUUAGCCUGAUAAGGGGCCGGGUGUGUAGAAUCACGACCCGGCCCCGCCCUCCGCCCUGUCACAGUAUAGUCCACUAAAAAAUACAAAAUCGGUCAUCAUUUACUCACCCACAUGCCAUCCCAGAUGUGUUUGACUUCUUCUGCAGAACACAAAUUAGGAUUUUAAGAAGAAUAUUUCAGCUCUGUUGGUCUAUACCAUGCAAAUGAAUGGUGACCAGACCUUUCAAGCUCCAAAAAGAACAUAAAAGCAGCAUAAAAGUAAUCCAUAUGACUACAUUGGUUAAAUCCACCCAUUUCCAAUUAUGUCUCUUUUAUGUUCAUUUGCAGUUUACUUUGUUAAAUACACUUUCAGUAGCAACACAAAAUUGUAAAUGCUCUCAUUUGAUUUAUUCUGUAUUUGUUUGGUUGGAGUUUCAUGUAGAUCCAUUGAAUAAAAGAUACACUAGUCUUGAUCAAAAUUAUUUCCAUUUACUUUGAAGCAAAUAAUUUAAUUGUUUUACUCCCCACAAUGAGUGCCAGGCUUGACACUUGACAGUGUGUUUAUGUAAGUCUGAUGCA